AUGAAAGAGCACCUGCUGAAAAUACUGAUUAUAGGAGAUGGAAACGUUGGGAAGUCUUCAUUUGUGUGUCGCUAUGUCAGUGGACAGUUCAGCAGAACGUACAAAAUGACCGUAGGAGUGGAUUUCUCUGUUAAGACGCUGCACUGGUCUGACAAAGAAAAGGUCAGAGUUCAACUUUGGGACGUUGCAGGCCAGGAGCGUUUCAUCUCCAUGACCAGAGUUUAUUAUAAAGGGGCGAUGGGCUGCGUGUUGAUGUUUGAUGUCACAAACUCAUCAAGCUUCCUCAAGUGUCGCCAGUGGAAACAGGACCUGGACAGCAAGGCCAUGCUGCCCAAUGGAAGCUCCAUCCCAUGCAUCCUGCUGGCAAACAAGAGUGACCUGUCUGACUGGGCCGUCCCAGCAGACGGCAUCGAGUCGUUCUGCAAGGCCAAUGGCUUCUUCACAUGGAUGGCAACUUCAGUCAAAGACAACAAGAACAUCGACGAGGCAAUGAGGAAGCUGGUGGAGGAGAUUCUGUCCAGUCAGUCCAGUUUGGAUCCACUGCAGCCCAAAACCGAAGAUGCUGCUCACUCAGAGCAGGAGCCGCAGCUCAGCAACAGUGCAGGGAAGAGUUGCUGCUGAGGCAACAAAGAUAGUUGUGAAUCCCAUUUGUAAUUCAGAGCACUUUAUGUGGACACUACAGGUUAUUUUUUUAAGUGUAGAUUGUUCUUGGAAGCAUGCAUAUGUCACAAAUUGCAUGCCAAAUAUUCACUUUACUCACCAACUCUGCAGCUGAGAUGUUUUUUAAGUGUAUUUGAAAACUGCACUUUACAAAAACUCACACCCAAACCGCUCAUCAUAAAAAAUACAUUUUCACUUGAGUGAAUAAAACUUGAUUUUGUUUAAAGUUUGGUAACACUCAAUUAAAGUCAAACUAGUGUUGACUUUAAUUGACUUAACUUUUUUUAAGUAAGGUCAUCCUGUCAAGUUUUAGAGUGUUUCUAAUGUGUCCUGCUCAACAAUGAAUGUUUUCUUUUAUAACUUAAAAUAAUCAUAUUUUCAGGUUAUCACAGACCAAACAGCAGAAGCGAAAGGAGCAGAGGAAGUGGCUGUGAAUAAUAUUUGGUUGGGAAGGCCUGUAGGUGUGGAUGAAAGUGCUUCUCCUCCGACACGCUGACUCAUUCAGACGCAUGACGUCCGCGCGCUAAAACCAGGCGUGUGCGGAUCCGCUCUGCUCGCCAGUAAGGCGAACGAUGAGUAGGUGUUGUUGGGUGUUUGAGAGUCUGCAUCACACAGGCACAUGGAUAUUCAUGUGCCUUAGAGAAGCGUGACUUGCAGUAUUGGAUUUUUAUUUUUUUAUUUUGCAGAGAAAGUGUUCAUUCAUGUUUCACAGAGGAAAAAAGAGGAUUUUACUGAUUUUAUUAAGAUUAGAACCCCGUGGAAGUAUAAAAAGUUUAAUCUGAAUGGUGCAUAUAUUUACUGAUUAUUAUAUUUAUUAUAAUCAGUGCCAAAGAUGAAUUUCCGGUCACACUAAAAUGGACCAAACCAGUUUUAACACUGACUCUGACAGACAUGAAGUUAAAUCUGUUAUGUAUUUAUAUAUUGACCAACAUAUUUAAUGUAUAUUAAUGAUUUUGAUG